GCUGGGCUAGGGGAGGCAGAGCCUCAGAGGAGUCAGCCCGGCCAAAGAAGCGUCAAACAAAACCACCACGGCUUUAUCCGUCCGCCACCAGCGGCAGCGGCAGCGGCAAUAUUUCAAAGGCCGUAGGCCUGGCUCUCGUUUGCGCCCUACCCGGCUACUCCCCACCACUUCCCUUCCCUCUCCAGUCUCUCCUCCCUACUACCCACCCAGCCAGCCACCCCAGCCAUUCAUGGCCAUGACCUCCUCCACCUCCGCCUCCACUCCCCACCCACUCCUCUCCCCGCGCCAUUAAACCCCGACUCGCUUCCUCGGUUAUCUCCAUCCGCCGCCGCAUCGGCGAGCUUUUGCUGCUUGCUCGUUCCAUGGAGCCGAGCGGCGCUGCUAGCUGCGGCCGGCCGGCCGGCGAGCGGGCGGCCAUGGCGGGCAUCGACCUCAACACUGUCGAGGAGGAGGACGAGGAGGCGGAGACGCCGCUGGGUUUGAGGGAGGGGGGCACGGUGUGCCUGGACCUGUGGCACGCGUGCGCGGGCCCCGUCGCGCCGCUGCCGCGGAAGGGCAGCGCCGUCGUGUACCUGCCGCAGGGCCACCUCGAGCACAUCGGCGGCGACGCAGCGCCUGCUGCGGUGCCUCCCCACGUGUUCUGCCGCGUCGUCGACGUCAACCUCCACGCGGACGACGCGACGGACGAGGUGUGCGCGCGGGUGUCGCUGCUGCCCGAGGACGAGGAGGCGGAGAGGCGUGCGCGUGCGCGGGCGCGGGAGGACGAGGACGCGGCUCGCUACGGCGAGGGCGGGGGCGCCAUGAGGCCGCUCGCGCGGACGCCGCACAUGUUCUGCAAGACGCUCACUGCAUCCGACACCAGCACGCACGGCGGCUUCUCCGUGCCGCGCCGCGCCGCCGAGGACUGCUUCCCGCCGCUGGAUUACAGUCUGCAGAGGCCAUCUCAGGAGCUCGUGGCCAAGGAUCUGCACGGCACGGAGUGGAAGUUCCGUCAUAUCUAUCGAGGCCAACCACGAAGGCAUCUCUUAACCACUGGAUGGAGUGCAUUUGUUAAUAAGAAGAAGCUGGUCUCUGGAGAUGCAGUUCUGUUCCUUCGCGGUGAAGAUGGAGUGCUUCGAUUAGGAGUGCGUCGAGCAGCACAGCUGAAAAACGUAAAUCUUAUUCCUGCACCGCAUAACCAGUGCUCCAAUCAUAGGAAUCUGGGAAAUGUUACAGAAGCUGUGGCCACGAGGACUGUUUUUCACAUCUACUACAAUCCCAGGUUAAGCCAAUCUGAAUUCAUUAUACCCUAUUGGAAGUUCAUGAGAAGCUUCAAUCAACCAUUUUCUGUUGGAAUGAGAUGCAGAAUGAGAUAUGAAAGUGACGAUGCUUCUGAGAGAAGGUGCACUGGGAUAAUAAUUGGAAGCAGAGAGGCCGAACCUAUGUGGCAUGGUUCAAAAUGGAAAUCCUUGGUGGUCAGAUGGGAUGAUGAUAUAGAGUGCCGUCGGUCCCAAUAUGGUUCUCCUUGGGACAUUGAGCUUACAGGAUCAGUUUCAGGAUCUCAAGCUCAUCUGGCGCCUCCCAAUUCAAAACGUCUGAAACCAUGCCUACCCCAAGUUAAUCCGGAGAUCGUGCUUCCAUAUGGAAGUGUUUCUUCAGAUUUUGCGGGAUCUGCCAGAUUCCACAAGGUCUUGCAAGGUCAAGAAUUUUUGGGUUUCAAAACCCAUGAUGUUACUGCUAUUUCAGCUUCGCACGCAACUGAAGCAAGAAAUUUGCAGGACAGUGAUGAGCGUAGUAGCUAUAUCAACAUGAGUAACAAUAUCUUCGGGGUUCCAAGAUUUGGUGUUAGAUCUCCAGCUGGAAUUCCUAGGUUUCCCUACCAUUGCUCAGGCUUUGGAGAAUCACAAAGAUUCCAAAAGGUCUUGCAAGGUCAAGAAGUGUUUCGUCCUUUCCGUGGAGGAGCUUUGGCUGAUGUCCAUAUAAGGACUGUUGGCAUGUAUCAACCUGACGGUACCCAUGCAUCUAGUGCAGCUUAUAAAUGGCCUACACCGCAAGGGUGUGAUAUUCGACAUCCAACCAAACCAGUUCUGUUGCAAGCAUCCUCCCCAUCAUCUGUGCUGAUGUUUCCACAAACUAGUUCUAAGAUACCUCACUUGGAAUAUGAGUACAGCUGCCUGGAUGAGGAUGAGGAUGGUAGACGUGAUAGGGCUGUCCCUACUCAAGACAUGGGAAGAAGCAACCAAGCACUAUCUCUUUGGCCUCAUCUUGUUUCAGGCGAAGCCAUAGAUGAAUGUACUGUAACUGAGAAGAUGCACUCCCCUGUCAGUGGUGCCGAGCACGAAUCGAACAAUGAGAGCACUGUUGAAAAUGGCUGCAAAAUCUUUGGUAUCUCAUUGGCUGAGCAGGUUCGAUCAUGCGAUGAAGCAGACUCUUGCAAUGCAAAUUGUAAUUCUCGGCUCCAGCCUUCACAGUCACAAAUGCAAUCACUAGGCACCUGUUGGGCCACUGUAAGUGCUUCGUAACC